GUACAGAACUGUAAAACGGCACACAUCAUCGUUGCUACUUGCAACCGUCAAUUUAUGAGCUCCGCUCGUCCACUUCCACUCUAUCCUCAAAUGUAUAGAAAUAAAACACCCAAUCUCCAUACAAACCCUCUCCCUCUCUAGAAAUCAAUGGAGUCGAGCUUAUCUCUGGCUCCGCAAUCAAUUUCCUUAAUCACAUGCUCUCCUGUGUUUUUGCCUCUUUCUUCUCGCGCCGUCGGACUCCUCCGCAACGAGUUCAUCGGAGGCGGCCGCAAUCUCCGGUUGCCGCGGAGGAGAUGCAGGAAAUUGCGGUCGAAAUCGGAGUCUAAUUACUGUAAGUCUCUCUUCAGAGCGUCGCUGGACUCGCAGGCGAUUGCCGUUGUGGCCGCCGCAGUCGCCACCGUCUCUGCCGCAGCUGUCGUGUACCUCGCUUAUACGAGGAAACAACUGGAUAUCAAGCAGAUGUCAGGAAGGCUAACCCUUGCGCUAGCAGAGCAAAUAAGAAGUAUGACGCGCUGGAUUCUUACAGAUGCAGAGCAACUAGGUUUAAGAAAGAAAGAAUCUGUCGACAGAAACCAAUAUUAUAUGAAAGAAACUAGAGAAAACAAUGGUGCUGACAUAAAGUUUGGAGAAACUAAUGUGAUUCCGGGAGGCGCUCUAGUUGUAGAGGCACCAGAAGAGUUUCAGUUAAACAUCAUAGCUCCAGCAGUUAAUGGUUGUUUAACCUCCUUGGCAUCUGAGGUUUUGGAGAUUUCAUCAUCUGUGCCUUCUGCACUUCCUGAAUAUGAUGUUCCGCCCUUUGUUGAUGAUGAAGUUUGUGAAGUGCAUCCAAAUGCACAUGAACUCUCCCAUUAUGAAUUGUCAGUUCCAGUAACACAGACAAAUUUGGGAGGCUGUGCAUCUUUAGCAGAUCAGAUGAGAGAAGAAGAAAAUAAAGUUGGUGGACUAAAUCUUACAGCUGUUGAGGAAAGUGGUGGAAACAACUUGGACCAUGUUUUUAGAAGCUCUGCACGCAGAGAGCUGCACACGGUUACUGGGACUUCUUUGGAGAAGUUGGAUAAUCAGGAACAAUUGUCGUCUUGUGCUACCCUUCAAAGCUUCAGCCGCUAUUCAUCUCUCGUGAACAUGGCUGAGGGAUCAAAUCUCACUGCACAAAAUGUUGUCUUACCUAUAGAGAAGCUUGAAGAGGAAAGGCCUGUGAGUUACUACAAUCAGGUCUUUCUCCACAAGCAGAAGGACUCAAGAAACCAGAAGGGAUCAAGGAAAACGGAGAAAUAUAUUUCGCAUAGUGGUGGAACCAAAAACUCGCCUCCAUCUUUUGAUCCCGAGCAGAAACAUGACAACAACAAGCAUAAUCCUUCGUGGCAAUUGCGUGUUUACGAGCAACUUCUGAGGGAAGGCAGGUUAAAUGAAUGCGUUGAUCUGCUUGAAGAUAUGGAGGAAAAUGGUUUGUUAGAUAUGGAUAAGGUUUACCACUCGAGAUUUUUCAAUGUCUGCAAACGUCAGAAGACUGUUAAGGUGGCAUUUCGUUUUACCAGGCUUAUCCGAAAUCCAACUCUGAGCACAUUCAAUAUGCUUAUGUCUGUUUGCGCGAGUUCUCAAGAUUCAGAAGGCGCUUUUCAGGUUCUACAACUUGUUCAGGAGGCUAGAUUAAAUGCUGACUGCAAACUUUACACCACGUUAAUAUCAACUUGUGCUAAAAGUGGUAAAGUGGAUACAAUGUUCAAGGUUUUCCAUGAAAUGGUAAAUGGUGGAGUUGAACCAAAUCUUCACACAUAUGGUGCACUUAUUGAUGGUUGCGCAAAAGCAGGGCAAGUUGCUAAGGCAUUUGGGGCGUAUGGAAUACUCAGAUCAAAGAAUGUAAAGCCAGACCGAGUAGUUUUCAAUGCGCUUAUCACUGCAUGUGGUCAAUCAGGAGCAGUGGACCGUGCAUUUGAUGUGUUAGCUGAAAUGAGGGCAGAGUUACAACCCAUAGACCCUGAUCAUGUCACUGUGGGUGCUCUGAUGAAGGCUUGUGCCAGUGCCAGACAGGUUGAUCGAGCCAGAGAGGUCUACAAUAUGAUUCAUCAAUAUGAUAUCCGUGGCACUGCUGAGCUUUACACUAUUGCUGUGAAUAGCUGCAGUCAUCGUGGUGAUUGGGAGUUUGCUUGUAGUGUAUAUGAUGACAUGAUCAGAAAAGGUGUCACUCCUGAUGAGAUGUUUAUCAGCGCAUUGAUCGAUGUGGCAGGGCAUGCUGGGAAAGUAGAUGCUGCAUUUGAAAUUCUACAAGAAGCUAGAGCUAAGGGAAUGCGUGUUGGGAUCAUAUCAUAUAGCUCCUUGAUGGGAGCAUGCAGCAAAGCUAGAGACUGGCAGAAGGCACUGGAGCUAUACGAGAACAUUAAGAGGUCUAAUAUGAAGCCCGGAGUAUCGCUGAUGAAUGCUUUGAUAACCGCUUUGUGUGAUGCAGAGCAACUGCAAAAGGCUAUGGAAAUUUUAUCUGAAAUGAAGAGCACUGGUGUAUGCCCAAAUACCAUAACUUACUCUGUUCUUUUAGUGGCAAGUGAAAAAAAGGAUGAUAUAGAAGCUGGCCUCAAUCUUUUUUCUCAAGCAAAACAGGAUUCUGUUGCUCUAAACCUUGUAAUGUGCCGGUGCCUCAUAGCUAUGUGCUUACGGAGGUUCCAAGCUGAUUGCUUAGCUGGCGAGUCUGUUCUAUCUUUCACCUCUGGGCGAGUUCAGCUUAAUAGUAAAUGGACAUCCUUGGCCCUAAUGGUGUAUAGGGAAACAAUUGUAGCUGGUGUGGCACCUACCAUGGAUGAACUUUCGCUUGUUUUGGGUUGCCUUAAGCUACCUCAUGAUGUAUCUGUGAGAAAUAGACUCAUUGAGAAUCUUGGAUAUAAUAUCAGUCCAUCAAAAGGUGAAAAUGUCUGUUCUUUGAUUGAGGGCUUUGGGGAAUAUGAUCCCCGCGCUUUUUCUUUAGUUGAGGAAGCUGCUUCUAUUGGAGUUAUACCACUAACCUCUAUGAAAGAUAGCCCCAUAGUUGUUGAUGCUAGAAAUUUUCAGGUUCACACAGCUGCGGUGUACCUCUUGACAGUUCUGAAAGGUCUCAAGCAUCGCUUGGCUGCUGGUGUAAAGGCUCCCAAUUUAUCUAUUCUACUGCCAGUAGAAAAGGCACAAAUUCAAACUUCUGCAGGGGAGAUAGAGAUUAAUAUGGCAGGCAGGAUAAGCCAAGAAAUUGCAGCACUAUUGAGGAGACUUGGACUAUCUUAUCAAGGAAAUGGAUCUUAUGGAAAGAUCCGCAUAAAUGGCAUUACCAUAAGGAAGUGGUUUCAGCCAAAGCUUGGUUAUCCUUUCACUGAAAAACCAGUGGACCUUAGCCCAUCCCUAACAAAUCUAGCUUCAGGCAUAAGCCGCCAAAGGCGUAAAAUCAGGACAGGUUACUUGUCACUGGAAUAAGGUCCACAAUUUGGCGAAAACUCUUGAUGUGGUGGAAGUUUUUUCUAGAAAGAUCAGCAUAGUAUUAGUUCAAAAAGAACGAGGAUAAGGGAUAUGGAGAUUUUUUUCUCAAAAUUGUCACUAUGAGCUAUCUGAGAAUCCUUGAUUUUUUUCUGCCUGUAGCUGCCCUAGACUGUAGAUUUUGCAGAUGGUUUUGUGCUGUUCAGAGCUGAUGCAGAUUGUUAUUUGGCAUUUAUUUUCUGGAGGAAUUUUGUAAUAUAAAUUGAAAUGUAUAGCAGAAAUAAUAUGGGGAUGAAUCUAGAGUCAGUCAAUUACUGUCUACUGUAAAUAUGGGCCUCUUUGAGUCCUUAUAACUUCACAAUUGUAGACCUUCCUAUAGAUUGAUAUAUGUAUUGGGAGAAGUUACAAAUAA